UCAGCGAAUCUCUCUCUCUCUCUCUCUCUCUCCUCCUUUGCAGCCAAAAAAAAAGAUUCCGCGGCAAAUCACAAACCUCAAUCGAGAAAGAUCACACCAGCAAAAAAUCGUAAUCACGAUCAGAAGAAGAGAGAGAGAGAUAGAGAGAGAAGGAGGAGGAGGAGAGAUCUUCAAUGGCGGAUUCAAACGCAGAUAGGCCGCUGAGAAAAAUCUCGACAGCUUUCAAGGAACUAGCGGUCGCCGUGAAUUCGCAGAGUCCGGAAGUUCCCGUGGCGCAGUUCUCUCACGCCUGCUCUCUUGUCUCGCCUCUUUUCGGUUGCCUUGGGAUAGCUUUCAAGUUUGCGGAGAUGGACUAUGUUGCCAAGGUGGAUGAUCUAGUGAGGGCGUCGAGUUCCAUAUCAACGUUAGUGGUAAUGAUGGACAAAGAUAUUGAGGCAAACUGUGUCAGGAAAGCUGGUAGUCAUACUAGAAACCUUUUGCGGGUUAAGCGUGGUCUUGACAUGGUCAGGGUUCUCUUUGAACAGAUCAUCGCUUCCGAAGGCGAUAACUCCUUAAAGGAUCCAGCAUCUAAGUCUUAUGCUCAAGUGUUUGCUCCCCACCAUGGAUGGGCUAUACGGAAAGCUGUUUCUCUAGGGAUGUACGCUCUUCCCACAAGGGCUCACCUACUUAAUAUGCUCAAAGAAGAUGAGGCGGCGGCUAAAAUACAUAUGCAGAGCUAUGUCAAUUCAUCGGCACCAUUAAUCACAUAUCUUGAUAAUCUAUUCCUCUCCAAGCAACUCGGUAUUGAUUGGUGAAGAGCCUGCUUAAAGACUUAUGAUUCUUAUCCCUCUUUAGACAAAAAAUAACAUGUAUGUUCUCAUCAAUCCAUGUAAUGUCAUAACAACAGUGACGAAAUACACUAUGAAUAAAUCGAUUAUGUCCUUAAUCUGUCGAUUUAUCUCUUGUAUUAAUAAGACACUUCCAAGUUCCAAUGUGUUCAUA